AUGCAGAAUUCGGACGUCCAUCGAUAAACAUUAAUUAGCAACGUAUCCUACUACUGUUCUGUCACCAGCUGGAAAAAAACAUGUCUGAGAUGAUAACUUUUCAAACAUUAUCACGUGAUACAAUCCAUAGUAUACCUCAGGCGUCUACUGUAGGAGAGAUGAGAAAGUCUGUAGCCUUAAAACUGGACACCGAAUACUGGCUUGUCGAUAUCGUAAACAUAGACAACUUUUUCAUCUACGAUUCAGACACUACGAGUGACGUCCUGCACGAUCCAUUCCACGUCAUGGUGUGGGCGGAGAGCCGACCUGUGUCAGGACACAUUACAACAUCCAAGCCAGACAUCGUGUGGGAGUACGAAUCAGACCCAAGACUGGAGCUCUCCUGUGGCCAUGCUAUCAGUAAUUAGCGUGUAUUAAGAGAAAAGGGAUUUCACCUGAAACCAUUUAAACUAUAGUUGCUACAUUAUCACAAGUUAAAAAUGCUAAUUUGAUAUUUUAAGAAACUGCUCAAAAUAACAAAGAAUAUGAUAUUUCAUAAUUUUCUCCUCAUUAAUUCCUGCACAUCUUUUGUAGCACCCGACAAUUUGUACGGUUUAGUUCGUGAGAAGAUACUUCAGAACGAACACAUUCUACGAUGUCCUGGGAAAACAGAUUUUGGAACUUGCAAUCAAAUGUGGGAUAAUCAAGAAAUCCUGGAAAAGUGCAUGUUAAGUGUCGACGAAUACAUCUUUCUUACUGGAAAACUUUCUUUCAAUUACUUAAACAAACAAAACAACGAAGACAUAAAGAACUGCCCUAGAUGUGACUCAUACUGCCAAAAAAUUAGAAGGUUUGAAACGCAUGUCAAAUGCUUAUAUUGUUCAAACCAACAGUAUUGCACCUAUAAAUUUUGUUGGUAUUGUAUGGAAGACUGGAAACCAAAUCAUGCCUGUAGCUUGUCCAACGAGUUUGGGAAUAAUUUGGAAAUUUCCCGUCAAUUGCAAGAUUGUCUCAGAAUAACUCUGGACUAUUCUAAUAUGGGUGGUGUUCCAUCAAAACGUCUUUGCCCAAAUUGUAAGACAUUGUUACAGCAUGACCAGGCAUGUAAAUCUAUGUUAUGUACAUUUUGUAAAACUGAGUUUUGUUUUGCAUGUUUGAAAAUCGCACGUGAUGGAAAACUCCCAUGUGGUGAAUAUAAUGAACGCUGCAACGUAGCACCGAUUCAGCCAACACAAUGACUGUGCAUUCAUCUACACUGAACUUCCUCGUAAAAUGUUAUCAAAGUAUGAUAAUAGGAUAAAUAAAACUCAUUUCAAG